AGGAAGUGGCGGCAGCGGCCGGGGGAGGCUAGAGCUGUGUCUGCGCGGGCGGCAAGCAACGGCUGAGGCGGCGGCGGCGGUAGCGUGGGUUGGGCUCAAGCAGACGGCCGCACCUCAGACUCCCUGGAGCGGGAGCCCACGCGGGCGGGCUCCUGAAACAAAGAGCAGCGGGAGUCCAGACGCCGCGGGUGGGCGGUCAGCCGGUCAGCACCGAGCCCGCCAGCGGCUGCCCGCGCUAGCCCGGAGCGCGGACGCUCGGCGCGGCCUGAGGGCGGGAAGAUGCCGCGCGUCGUCCCCGACCAGAGAAGCAAGUUCGAGAACGAGGAGUUCUUCAGGAAGCUGAGCCGCGAGUGUGAGAUUAAGUACACGGGCUUCAGGGACCGGCCUCACGAGGAGCGCCAGACACGUUUCCAGAACGCCUGCCGCGACGGCCGCUCGGAGAUCGCUUUUGUGGCCACAGGAACCAAUCUGUCUCUCCAGUUUUUUCCGGCCAGCUGGCAGGGAGAACAGCGACAGACACCUAGCCGGGAAUAUGUCGACCUAGAAAGAGAAGCAGGCAAGGUGUACUUGAAGGCUCCCAUGAUUCUGAAUGGUGUAUGUGUUAUCUGGAAGGGCUGGAUUGAUCUCCACAGAUUGGAUGGUAUGGGUUGCCUGGAGUUUGAUGAGGAGCGAGCCCAGCAGGAAGAUGCAUUAGCACAACAGGCCUUCGAAGAGGCUCGAAGAAGAACUCGUGAAUUUGAGGAUAGAGACAGGUCUCACCGGGAGGAAAUGGAGGUGAGAGUUUCACAGCUGCUGGCAGUAACUGGCAAGAAGACAACAAGACCCUAGUCCUGGCUCCACCUUAGGUGGGGAAGAUCUCAAGCUCCGUUAGUACUAGCACAGCACCCGUGCCACCAUCUCUACUACACACUUCUAGGUGGUACCAGUAACACACGCGCGACCAGAAACUGUGAGAACUGGAGGUCCUGCAGUCUGUUUCCUGACCUGAGGCAGUAAAAGACAUCAUCAGCUGCCAUGGUUUUGCACUAUAAUAUCUGCAUUUCUGGUUUUUAAAACACGUAGCCAGUAAUAAUUUGAAAUUUUUUUCUAUGCAAGCUUAUCUUGUUGGCAUUAUUUUGGUUGGGUUGAAAGUAUCUUCUUUCUCCAUUUUAAUUUAAAAGUUCAUGUCAUUUAAGAACAAGAUAAGAAAUUGAAAUUUGUAUCAGGGUUUUCUUCAGCAGUUGCUUAAAAUUAUUUUAUACUUUCAGAUGAGUUGGUCAUACAGCCUUCCUUCUAGAUGAGCAUUCUUUGUGUUUGUUUUCUCCAUAUUACUUUGUUUUUUUUAUUCUACACCAUUUUACAAAUGUGUUUGCGUUUUCUUACAAGCUAAACACCUAGCAGCAUAGAGCUGUCUGCCACCGCCUCCUAAAACAAACGUUUACAGUUGUGAAAGUCACAGUAUCCUUUUAAAUACUAGUACUCACCUUUUUUUUGCCCUUUUAAACAUAAAAAUUUUAAAUUAGUAUUCAUUUUUAUGUCUCAGAUCUGUUUCAAGUUCUAUUCUAUAAUCAUGAGUUUGGGUAGAGGUGUUCUCCAUAGGUGAUAAUGUUCUACAGAAAUGCCCAAAGAAGUCAUAGGCUGGCUUCUGUUUUAUUCAGGGAUUUUAUUUUUAAGUCAAUCAGAAAAGGGAUACUGGAACUUCUUCUAUGUAACAGCAUAUUAAACUGGAGGCAGUGAUGAAUCAGCUACAAAGGUAAAUUGUAUUAAAAUCAUGUUUAAGAUAGCUGCUUUCAUGUGUAUUUUGUAUUGCAUGCUUUUGUAGAAACAAUAUUGGGUGAUGAAGAUUAGUCUUAGAAAAUGUUCAUCUGUGCAGGAGAUACAUUUUCUUCCAUUAAUUCUGGGCAAAACAUUCACAGUUAUAUAUGAUGGUAUUUUGCAAAAGGACUAUUAAUAGUGCAUUUUGAGAUGAAUCAGUGUGACAAUAUUUUUAAAAUAGGCUUAGUGUCAAAUUGCAAUUUUUUUAAAUAUAAAACUGGAAAAAAGUGCUAAGUCAUUUGGCACAUGCUUACAGAUACUUUUCUUGGUCAUAUUCAUUAAAUGUUACUACAUUUCUGAAUUUUUGCAAAAAUGUAUUUUAUCAUAAAAUGGCAUUAUUUUAGAGAAUUUUAAAAACUGACAUGGUCAAUUCAGAAAAGUCUGAAUAAGGUCAUUGCAUUUAAAAAGCAUAUAAGAUACUUGAUUGUGAAGGUGUAUCUUUCAUUGUAUAUAUAUAAUUCAUCAACAAAUACCUGUAUCUCAAAAUAAAAAUAUUUGUUAUAUAUUUGAA